AUGUCCCCCAGCUCUCCUCUCAUCGCCAUCACCGGCAUCAACGGCUUCAUCGCCACCGAGGUCGUCCUCCUCUUCCUGUCCCAUGGAUGGCACGUCCGAGGCUCCGUCCGCACCACUGCUCAAGCCGACAAGCUCAAGAUCCACCCCGCGUACGAGAAACACUUUGCGAGCGGCAAGCUCGAGGUGGUGGUGGUUGAGGAUUUGGCGAAGGCUGAUUUCAGCGAGCUGCUUGAGGGAGCUGAUGCUGUCGCGAGUGUAGCUGCGCCUCUUCCCAAGAUGGACAACCCGAGCCUUACAUGGGACAAGGACUUCAAAGGCCCGACUAUCGACCCUGUACUGAGGAUUCUCGAGUACGCUAAGAAAUCUACCACCAUCAAGAGUGUGGCCCUCAUGUCAUCUUCCGGCUCUUGCUUCGAUCUUACGCCUCCUCCCGGCAAAGUCUACACCGAAGCCGACUGGACGCCUUACACCGAAGAGCUCUGCCAGUCCAUCACCCCGGCUACCAAUCCGGCUGCUUCUAUCAUUUGGUACUUUACUGCCAAGAAACUGGCCGAGCAGGCGGCCUUGAAAUUCCAAGAGACCGAGAAGCCUGUCUUCUCGAUCGCCACUUUCGCCCCUGCCAUGGUAUAUGGCCCUCCGCAAUUCAUCCCCUCCAUCGACGCUCUCAAGGGCGUACAAGGCACCUCGGACGAAUUCCUCGGCCUUUUCUUUGGUAAAGACCAGCCCUUGCCGCCUCAGUUUGCGAGGGCGUACGCGGAUGUACGAGAUAUUGCCGAUGCGUUCUACGCGGCCAUCACGAAGACUGUUUCGGGCAAGUUUUUGCUUGCGGGUCAUGAAUACAAGUGGCAAGCGCUCGCCGACAAGCUUCGGGAGCUCCGCCCCGACCUCGACGCAUACUUUCCCCUCGGAACUCCUGGUCAAUACAUCCCAGACGAGUACUUUGCGGACUCUAGCAAGUCUCAGCGAGAGCUCGGUAUCCAGUACCGUACGACCGAAGAGACGUUGAAGGACACUAUUGAUUUCUAUGAGAAUCUUGGGCUGUUCAAGGAGGCGCCUCUCGGGCCGAGGAAGAAGGCUUAUAUCUGA